GUUACUAGUAUAUUUGAAUUUGCAUGCGCUGCGUUUGCAAACCUUUACAGCAAUGCCACAGACAGCUGACGGCUCCUAAACUCGCGAGGACCAUAAUUGUGAGAUGCACGCCCUCGUUCGUAGACUCGUAUCAAUAGGUUAUGAUCCUGAUGAGGUCUCAGCAGCAUUCGCCGCGCUGCUCGAGAAACGAGGUUGUGAAACUCGGGAGCUCAAGGACAGCGAGGAAUCUGUGAACGCGAUUUUGGAUAUCAUCUACAGCGGGAAAGGUGGAAACGAUGGAAGCGAUGGAGAGGGUGAAGUGUUUGGCGAGGACGAGGCAUACGACGAUGAGGAGGGCAGCGAUGGCUCAGGCGGCGAGGAGGGCGAGGGCGACGACGACGGCGACAGCGAUUACGGGGAAGCUGAAGAGGAGGGCGCGGAGGACGCGGAUUGUCAGGAUGCAAAAGCUCGGGACGGCGGUGCCCAGGCCCGGAGGGGCCAGGCUCGGCCGCAGCACUUCACCACGGACUUGACCUACUUGUCCGAUGACUCGGACUUUGAGAUGGAGGAGGGCCCGCGGCCGCAGCGCCGGAUGCCUGCAAGCAUCGCCGGGGCUGCAGGCGCGGGUCGAGCAGGGGAGGCCCAGGCGGGCGGCCCCGGCGGGCGACAGGCUGGUACCACCGCGAAUGCGGCCGGCAGGCCGGGAGGAGGCGGCGGCGGCGGCGGGGGGCCCUGGAACGCGCCGGCCACUGCGGAGGAGCGGCGCAGCCUGGCGGAGGCGUUGACGCCGGCACUGCGGCUGGAGGCGAUGCUACGGCUGGCCAACAGGCGUGUGUUCGGCAACGAGUCCUUCCGGCCCAACCAGCUGGAGGUGGUCAGGUCGGCGCUGGCGGGGCGGGACGUGUUCGUGCUCAUGCCCACAGGAGGCGGCAAGAGCUUGUGCUACCAGCUGCCGGCGGUGGUGAGCACCGGCGUCACGGUGGUGGUGUGCCCGCUGCUGUCGCUGAUGCAAGACCAGGUGCGGGCGCUGUGCAGCCUGCGCGCGGGCGGCGGCGUGCCUGCCACCUUCCUCAGCAGCCAGCAGACGGCGGCGGAGGCCAUGGCGGUCAUGAGGGAGCUGCGCAAGGACAGGCCCAGCAUCAAGCUGCUGUACCUGACCCCUGAGGCGCUGGUCAAGGGCGGCCGCGUGAAGGAGCUGCUGGACCGGCUGCACAGCAGGCAGCACCUGGCGCGCUUCGUCAUUGACGAGGCCCACUGCGUUUCCACGUGGGGCCACGACUUCCGACCCGACUACGCGCAAAUGGGCUUCCUCAAGGCCCGCUACCCCAACUCGCCCAUCAUGGCCCUCACCGCCACUGCCACCGAGGCCGUCAAGACCGACAUACUGCGGCGGCUGGCCAUCGACCGCACCGCCAUCACAUACAAGACCUCCUUCAACCGGCCCAACCUGGACUUCAUCGUGUACGACAAGCCCGGCGGCAAGACGCGCGGCGGCCGGCGGCGCGACCUGGAGAUGCUGGUGGCGCACGUGCGCACCAAGCCGCCGGGCACCUCGGGCAUUGUGUACUGUCUGUCGCGCGAGGACUGCGAGUCGGUGGCCAGCUACCUGAGUGCUGCUGACGUAGCUGCGGAGCACUACCACGCCGGCAUGACGCCCAAGCAGCGCACGCGCGUGCAGAACCGCUGGCGGGACGGCGAGGUGGCGGUGGUGGUGGCAACCAUCGCGUUCGGCAUGGGCAUCGACAAGGCGGAUGUGCGCUACGUGAUCCACUUCUCCAUGAGCAAGAGCCUGGAGGGCUACUUCCAGGAGGCCGGCCGCGCAGGGCGGGACGGAUUGCCCAGCGAGUGCGUCAUCUACGCCGACCCCAAGCGCGACGGACACCGCAUCUCAUUCCUCAUCCACUCGGGCGGCAACAAGGGCAGUCGCGAGGCGGCCAUCAAGCACCUGGGCGAGAUGGUGGACUACUGCAACGAGCGCAGGAAGUGCCGCCACAAGCAGCUGCUGACCUACUUCGCAGACCACUCGCUGCCCCAGGGCUGCGGCCACCGCUGCGACAACUGCUGCAACCGCAACAACCCGGACUGGUCGCACGUGGAGAACGACGUGGAGCAGGCGCCGCCGCGCACGCCGCCCUGGCUGGUGCCGGACGAGGACGAUGAAGAGGGCGACGGCGGCGAGGAGGAGGAGGAGAACGGCGGCGGCGGGCGGCGCGGCCGCGGGCGCGGAGGGAAGGCCGCAGGCGGGAAACGCAAGGCGGGGACCAAGCGCCCCGCGUCCGCAGGCGGGGCGGCAGGUGCGACCGGAGGAGGGGCGGCGGGGGCGCCGGCAGCGGCGGCUGGCUUCAUGACGGCGGCAAAUUUCAUGCAGCAGCAGGCAGCCGCGCCGCCGGCAAAACGCCCGGCCACCGGAAAAGGCAAGGCCGGCGGCGGCAAGGCCGCCGGGGGGCCGAGCGGCGGGCCCGCUGGCGGCUUCGUGACGGCUGCAAGCCUGGCCGGCGGCGGGAAAGGCGCCAAUGCUGCCGGCGGUGCUAGCGGUAGCAACAGCGGCGCCGCCGGCUUCAAGUCCAUAACCGCGUUCGCCCGGCCGCCGCCCGCCGGCUCGGCCGUGACGGGUGCCCUGGUGAGCGGCGGCGGCGGCGGUGGAGGCGGCGGUGGAGGCGGGGCGGGCGGGUCCCAACCGGCUGGCGGCGGGGGCGCGGCCUCAGCUGGGGCGACCUACAACAUGUUCAUGCGGCCGUUUGGUGGGGCAGGAGCGGGAGGCAGCGGCGGUCUGUUGUCGCGGGGGCAGGCAGGCGGCGGUGGCGGGUUGUCGGCGGGGGCGCAGCUCGGCGGAUAUGGCAUGGCGCCCAGCACAGGCGCGUAUGGCCCAGCUGACCCGGUGCCGCAGCUGCGGCAGGCGCCGGCGGCCGCCGCCGCGGCUGCGGCCGCACUCGCACGGGCGGGAUCAGGGGGCGGCGGGGUGGCGGGCGGCAGUGCCGCGGCGCCGGGGCUGCGCAAGCCGGUGAUCAGCGCCCGGGCGAAAGCGCUGGUGGCGGCGGGGGCCAAGGUGCGCAAGGCGGCGGCAGUGGCAGCGCAGCGGGAGGACGAGGCGGUCAAGGCGGCGCGGGCGGCGGGUAGCUCGCUAUUCGUUGACUGAGGCAGGGUGCUGAUGCGUGCAGAUACGGUAGCCUAUAUUGCAAUGUGUGGAUAAAAACGCAACGCAACUACAGAAAGCGCUGGGUGUGGGCGGUGCAGAGAUGUGCGGAUGACAUGGGACGCGAGUGAUGUGUUGAUGUGUGCCGGCAGGAUGCGCUUUGCAGUUGUGUGAGGGCGCCGUAUGUUGGAGGGUGUGGGUGUGGUGUUGCUGCGAUGCACAGCUGGUGCCAAGGAACACUGUUUGGAGGAAGCGAGGUCGGCGUGGGCGAAACGGGGCGCUGACCGCCAUGGGUGGCUGCAUGGGAACGCCGCGUGGUUCGGUCCAAGACGUCAGGCGCUUUUGUGGGGCCCCGCGAACUUGUUUAG